CACGCAACAUCUGAGAGAUACACUUAGAGAUACACUUAGAGAUACACUUAGAGAUACACUUAGAGAUACACUUAGAGAUACACUUAGAGAUACACUUAGAGAUACACUUAGAGAUACAGAGAACUUCAGACACAACUCCCGGCACUAGGUGCAGGGGGAAGAGGGUGUAAAAUUCCCUGGUCUCAGGAUUCACUCCCAGGUCUGGUCUGCAAAGGAGGUAUCUGGGGUGAUAAAAAGCCAGGGGUUAGGGAUUCCUUUGAGUUCAAUUCCCCAGCUCACCACUUUUGUCAACUGUCUUGGUCUCUCUGCAUGUCUGAAUUCUGGAGAAAGCCGUUCAGUCACCGCGGUCUUUCCUCAUAGCCCACAAUACUAAACCGUCCACAGAGAGGAACAAAGUCUCAAUCACUGUACGCCUUCCAAACACCGAGGAUGGGAAGUUCCGCGCUUUCUGCCCUCCUGCUCCUCGGAGCUUGGGCCUUGAUCCAGGUCCGCGCAGACAGAUCACCUGCACAGGUCCCUGGAGAAGGAUCAGGAUCUCACCGCCUUCCGCCGCCAGGUUUUCAUUCCUUGCAGUUUUUUGCCACCGCCGUGUCCCAGCCUGGUUUGGGAGAGCCUUCCUUCAUCUUUGUCGGCUUCGUGGACGACACACAGUUCCUAUGCUACAACAACCAGGAGGAAAGUCAGAGAAUGGAGCCCCGCGCGCUGUGGGUGAAGCAGAUGGGGCCAGAGUACUGGGAGCAGCAGACCCGGACCGUCAAGGAAAUUGAAAAAAAUUCCCGAGUGAACCUGCGGGAGGCUAUGGGCGUCUACAACCAUAGCGAGGAUGGCUCUCAUGUCUUUCAGUGUGUGUCCGGCUGCGAGGUGGGGCCAGAGGGACUCUUCCUCCACGGGUUUGAGCAGCACGCCUACGACGGCCGAGAUUACCUCGCCCUAAACCAGGACCUGGACUCCUGGAUCGCAGGUGACUCCGCGGUUCAGAUCUCGCAGCGCAAGUGGGAGGAAGCUGGUGUGGCGGAGCAAAGGCGAACCUACCUGAAGGGGGAGUGUGUGGAGUCGCUCCACACGUACCUGGAGAUUGGCAAAGAGACUCUGCUAGGAGCAGAUCCUCCAAAGGCACAUGUGACCCAUCACCCCAGACCUGAAGGAGGCAGCGUCCUAAGGUGUUGGGCCCUGGGCUUCUACCCUUCAGACAUCACCCUGAUCUGGCAGCUGGAUGAAGUGGACCUGACCCAGGACAUGGAUCUUGUAGAGACCAGACCUGCAGGGGAUGGGACCUUCCAGAAGUGGGCAGCUGUGGUGGUGCCUUCAGGAGAGGAGCAGAGAUACACAUGCCAUGUGCUGCAUGAAGCACUAACCCAGCCCCUUGUUCUGAAAUGGGAACCUCCUAAACCCACCAUCCCCAUCCUGGGAAUCACUGCUGGGCUGAUUCUCCUUGGAGUUGUGUUCGCUGGAGCUGCAGCUGCCAUUGUGAUGAGGAAGAGCAGAAGAUCUCACACUGUACCCCAGGCUGUCUUGGAACUCACCUUGUAGCUGUUACGGCUAAUCAUCAGAGUCAGCUGGACUGGAGUUUGAAUCUCCCAGGACUUGCAAUUCUGGAUUUGUCUGUGAAGGGUGUUUCCAGAGAAGAUUAUUUGAGGAGUGGAGAGCUGCACUGAACGUGGGUGACAGCAGCUCAUGAUCUGGGGCCCAGACUGAAGAACAGGGAGGAAAAGGAGAAAGCCAGAUAAGAGCCAGCGUCCCCUCACUCUGCUUCCUGAUGCAUGGAGAUGUGAGUCAUCCCAGCCACAGCUCCAGCUGCCAUGAAUCCAACCAGGCCUUUCCUCCCAGGAUGGAUUGAGCUUUCUUAAAU